AUGUUUUAAAGAUAAGAGAUGUUUUAAAGAUACGAAACCAUUUAGUUACCUUUUCCUGUUUUUCACCGUGGCGAAAGAGAUAGACAGUGGCGCAGUGCUAAAUCCAGUCUUGAUCGAGCAGAACUGUUAGAAAAUGGAAGGUAGAAUUAUUGAUAGAGAGGAAAGGGAAGCGACGAAGGCUGUGGAAGCAAACGAGAUUAAAAUUUAUAACGAUAUGCGUACAAUUGAAAUGCAGGAGGAGCAUAAGAGACGAUGAACGAUAUAAGCAAAUCUUUUGCAUCACCAGUAUCACCAAUAAUACUGCUUCAAUUUACGGAAGAGAGAUUGCAAUAGCUGGUCGCUUCCUUGAUAAGCAGCAGGAUUUUGACUGGAGCAAAAGUCAGUUCUUUAUUGUAAUUGGGAAGAGAAGUCACCGUGCUUUAUGCCUUGGAGAGUGGGUGUUCUCUUGUACAGCAAUGUUUCGUGUACCUGGAACAGUAUAUUUUUAUUUGAGUCUUGAUGGCAGGACACCCAUUAGCCAGAUCCUGAAAUUUGACUAUCUCUCAAGUCUCAACUCCAACUAAUCCGGAACUGUUCUCUACAGUUGUGGGGUUUCGCCAACAACUAUGUCUUGCUUACCUGCUCCACUCAGAAACUAAAAAUUUGAUUGAUCAGCCGAUGCCGGAGUCAUGUGUCCCUUCAUCUUUUCAGGAUAAAAUUCUGCUCGAGCGCAUAUUGCAUUUCUGCAAACGCACCAAAACUGCCACCUUCAUUCGCUUAAUCCAAAAUCAUGGGUUCCCAUUGAUCCGUGGCGAAAGUUUGUACUUGAGGUUUCUUUUGGAGCAAAAGCUAAGGGAAUGGAUUUCCGAGAGACUGGAAAAGGGAUGUACGACAGGUACCCAUAAUAUUCAAGGUUUACAAGUAAUCCAUAUGCUGGCUAUCUUGGGUUACAGGUGGCUAAUUCGGAUGUACUCUGAAUUGGGAAGAGGAAAGCUGUCGUUGGAUAUUGAAGAUGUAGCAGGCUGGACAGCUCUUCACUGGGCUGCAUUCUUCAACAGGAAUCUGACGGCUCAGCUUCUUUUAGACAUGGGAGCAAAUCCAACAUUGGUUACUAGGCGAACUAUAGAAUUCCCCAACGGAUUGACUGUUGCUGAAGUCGCAUGGAAAAAUGGUCAUCACGAACUAGCGGCUCAUCUUGCUAAUAUCAGUGAGGAGUACUUACACCGGAGCAAUGCAGCAGCCCUAGAUGCUUCAUCCAGUCAGGUUCAGUUGGAUACAGAAAAUCACACUGAAACGGGUGGUAACUAUAAAUCAGGCAAGAAGAGGUUCCCUGAUUAUUCUGUGUGUGGCCAGGCUGUUAAAAUUCAAGCUGCUUUCCGAGGCUUCAGGGCAAGAAAACAUUAUGCUGGAAACCAGUCGAUAGAAGCUACCGCAGGGGAAGCAAGUUAAUGGAACAUGGAGUGGAGCUAUAAAUUGCCGUAGAGGUAUAGACAUCUGUCUCUAGAAUGAGGGGUAUCACACAGAAUAGAGUUCCCCAUUACAAGCUGUAAAUUUCAUUUUAGUUGUACACAGAAGAUAACGCUACUUGCAGACUUGCAGUCACUGAUUCAAGAAAAGGAAAAAAACUAGUUUCCUAACAAGACCAAGCCCGUGAUAAUACAUUGUCCCAUGGGCUUGGACCAAUAGCAAGAAAGUUCCUAGGCCUUAGUUUAACAGGAUUCUUUCACAGUCAGAGAGUCAUGUCUCCAUGAUCCCUGUAGUAUAAAUAUAUAUCUUACUUUAUCGUCAA